AUGAAAAAAAGGAGCAUAUCUCAUUUUAAUUUACCUAAUAAAAAGUGGAAUAUAGUAGAAGAUAGUUUGUUAUAUCGUAUUGUUAAAGAUAAAGAAGAUACAAUUUAUAAAAAAAUAUAUUCAUUUGAUUUAGAUAACACAUUAAUUUUAUCACGGACAUAUUUUAAACCUGCUCAAAAUGAAUAUGACUAUAUUUUUUACUCAGAUAACGUUAUAGAAUUUUUAAAAAAAAAAUAUUCGGAAAAUUAUAAAAUAAUAAUUUUUUCUAAUCAAAAAGGGGUAAGUACUGGCAAGAUAAGUUUAUUAAAUAUUAUAAAUAGAUUUGAUAAUAUUAUUGACAAAAUAGGUAUACCUUUAGAAUGCUAUUUAGCUUUAAAAAAUGAUAAGUAUAGAAAACCAAGAAUAGGAAUGUAUAAUUUUGCUAAACAGAAUAACAACCAUGAAAUAGAAGAGAUAAUUUAUGUUGGAGAUAAUGCUAAUAGAAUCUACGAUGAUAAUUUUAAAAUGAUAUUUAUUAAUCAUUUAAAAUAUAUAUAUGCUAAAAAUAAUGUAAAAAUAAAUAUAGAUGAAAUUUAUAAAAAAUUAAAAAAGGACUAUACUGAUACUGAUCUGAAAUUUGCUUUAAAUAUAAAUGCAACUUUUUAUACACCUGAAGAAUUAUUUUUAAAUUUAAAAAAUGAUAUAUCAACUAAUUUUUCUUUUGAACCAAGAAAUUUAACUAAAAAUGUAGAAAAUAUAAAUGAAUUCCCUUACUUUAUAGAUCAAAAUAAAAAUGAAAAAAAAAAUGAAGAAAAAAAUGAAGAAAAAAAUGAAGAAAAAAUUGAUGAUAUUAUAGGAAAAGAAAAAAAAGAUAUAAUACCAGAAUUUACAAAAAAAAAUUCUAAAGAAAAUGAUUGUCAAAAGUUAAUUAUUUUAAUAGGACCUCCUGGUUGUGGAAAGACAUUUUUAUGCAAAAAUUAUUUUCCUUAUUUUAUUAAAAUUAGUACAAUCGAAUUAAAAACAAAAAGUAAAUGUCUAGAAGCUUUAAAGGAAAGUAUUAUUCAAGGGAAAAGUGUUAUAAUAGAUAAUGUUAAUAAAUCUGUAAAUGACAGACUAAUUUACAUUAAUGAAGCUAAAAAAAUAAAUAAAAAUAUAAAAAUUGAAGCUAUCUAUUUUAAUUACCCAAAAGAUUUAGUAUUUCAUUUAAAUGCUUUUAAAUUAAUUACAGAUAAAUUAAAUGAAAUUAAAGAUAUACCUACAAUUAGUAUUCAUGCUUUUUAUAAAUAUGUAGAAGAUCCAACACCAAAAGAAAACUAUGAUAAAAUAAUAAUCUUAAAUGAAAAAAAUUUUGUUCCAUCAAAAUUUGAAAAUGAAGAACAAAAAAGAUUGUUUUUUUUAUAUUUAAAUUAA